CCGACAAGCAGAGAGUAGACAGUGACCAACGAGGAACAACUGGUUCACAUUACACCUAACAGCUGUCUCUAUGUCAGAAGGAUUCGAGACAAGAUGGUAGGGAGAGGCACUAUAUUUUUCCGUUUGUUGUUGGCUGUUGUGACUUUGGCCAGCAUCUGUUCUGUCAUUUCAGCAGAUGGAGAGACAGAUAUUCAAGAGACCCCAGAGGACCCCCACCACCCUCCUCCCCCCCAUCCCGCUGACCAUCCGGGAACUCCGCAAAGUGGGGCGACCCGACGACCCGAGCGGCCGACAGCAGAACAUAAGACUGGUUGUUGCUCGCCACGACCCGAUCCCCGGCGCCGAAACGUUCUCCCUGAGCCUCCAAACGUUCGAUAACCGGACGAUUUCGUACGAGGUCGUCCACUUACCGGAUCCGGAUGCGACGGAGUUCGAGUUCGGAGGGAAUUUCGUCGGAGCGAAGGAAAUAUCCGUUCGGGCCGAGAAGAACGGCUCGGUCCUGGCUCAUGGCUCGUCCGCGUGGAUGUCGAAGACCCCGGCUCGAAGGUGGCGUGGGUGGGCGACCCCCAGACACCGUCCCUGAGGGUGGAUCCCGGAGAGAGGUCACAGGUCGAGGUCCCGGGUCACCCUCCCUGCGCCAGGAACGUCUCGGGAGGUCCCUGCUACUACCUCGGCCACAGCGACAGGCCCCUGGAUCCUCCGGCCCCUCGUUGCGAUGACCUUGGCCUUGUCGUGUUCUGUGACGAGGUCGUGAGCCAGCUGCAG